AUGCCGAUUUUGAACCCUACUUUAUCAACUAAUGCAAGUUCGUCAAAGCUGUCCGAUCCUCCGCCCUCUUAUGAAGAGGCAAUUGCAAGAUUUUCAGCACUACAAAAGCCUACUAACAGCAGUAGUUGCGCAGCAGUUCUCCCACCUGAAUAUACGUCUUAUCCAUGCUCACUGCCACCACGUUCUCGGUCUUCUAAUAUUUCCCGAAAUAGUUAA